GCCGCGUUGAAUUUCAAUUCUGCAUCAAUAUCAAUUCAAACUGAAAAACAUGGACAAAGACAUGAAUCUGAUCAAGUCGCCAGACUUGAUUAACCUAAAUGACACAGAUACAGAUGCUGAAAUUCAGUACAAGAGUCUGGACGCCACCAAUGGGGACGCCACGGCGGACACGGACGAGCCGCGGCUCUCGGGCGACUCGCCCUCGGCCUCUUCCCCGGCCAGCGACUCGCCCAAGCCGUCCCGACAGGGACACGUGCACUGGAGGACCGCCCACUCUGACGAGCACCGCCAGCUGCUGGCCACGGAGGGCGAGUCGUCCGACCGGCACUCGUCCGAGGACGAGGAGGACGAGGUGGACGUGUGGACGGUGACGGCCGAGCAGCGCCAGUACUACGUGCAGCAGUUUGUCACACUGCAGCCCGACACCACCGCCCUGCUGCCCGGACACACCGCCAAGGCCUUCUUCGAGAAGAGCAAGCUGCCCGUCACGGCGCUCAGCAAAAUAUGGAACCUGUCGGACGUCACCCGGGACGGCUGCCUGUGUCUGGAGGAGUUCGUCACCGCCAUGCACCUGGUGGUGCUGCGACGGAACCGGAUCGAGGUGCCCGACCAGCUGCCGCCCCAGCUGGUGCCAAAGAUAUCGGCUGCUGCGGUGGUGUCGGCGGUCCCGCGGACAGCCGAGGCGCCUCCGCCCGCGCCCGUCACCACCGCCCCCGCCCCCGCCACCGCGCCUGCCCCCGCACCUGCCGCCCCCGCCCCCGCCGCUGCUCCUCCUCCGCCAGUCGCCACCGCCGCUCCCGGUCAGCUCACGUCACCCAAGGGGAAGGAGUGGACAAAGUUUGUGGAGUCGCCGAUGAGCAACAUCUCAUCGCCGGGAAUCAAGCCUGUCAACUUCGACUUUCACAAAUCGGCUGUCGAGCAGAACCCGCAGAUCCUCCACCCGGUGGCGGUGAAGGGCACGCGAGAGGAGCACCCGGCCGGCCGGCCGACGGCCGACUCCGACUCCGAGCUCUCGGACGAGGUGGACGCCCCGGCGCCGCCGCCGCCGCCGCCGCCGCCGGCCGCGCUCGCCGGGCGGCCCACCGCGCGGAAGGCGCUCAGACACUGCAGCUCGGGUCCGCACGCGCUGGGCGACUCGGCCUCCUCAGGCCCCACCAGUCUGCCGGUGCUGGCGCAGACGGCGCCCACACUGCCCAGUCGGCUGACACAGCCGGCGCCGCCGCCGCCGCCGCCGCGGCCUGGCCACACCGGCCACGCGCGCAGCAGCUCCCUGGACCUGAGCUGCGUGCCGCCCGUGGUGCCGCCGCGUAGCUCACCGGCUGACGCGGCGGCGGCGGCGGCGGCGGCGCGGGGCAGCCAGAGGCCGGCGCCGGCGACAGCCGACCCUUCGGCAGGGUUUGCCGACUUUAGUCAGUUCGAGGAACCGUCAGCGCCCGACAUCAGCCGCGUCAGACAGGGCGCCUUCGAGGUCUACAAAAAGCCAGCAGCAGCAGCAGCAGCGGCGGCGGCGGGGGCGACGGGUGGCGCCAGUCCGGCCGGUAGUCGACACGGCUCCGGCAGCGACCACGCGCCCUCGGCCACCGAGCCACGCCCCUCGCGGCCGGCGCCGCACCCGCACCUCGAGUCGCCCGUCAUCAGCCCGGGCCGACUCGCCAAAAUGACGCCGCAGGAGCUGAUGGCCGUUAGCUCGUGGAGCCGCGAGUCUCUGCUGCUGGUGUUGCGCGCCCAGCGGGAGCGAACCGCCACGCUGGCGGCCGUCACGGCCGAGCUGAAUCAGGAGCUGGCAGAGACGGUGGAGGAGCGCACCUCGCUGGAGCUGCAGCUCGACCACAUGCGGCCCGACAAUGACUGACCGGGCCGCCGCGCCAUCUGAGGAGGCCCGGUCGGCCGGGCCGCGCCGCCAGACAGCGACCGACGCGAGGUGGGACGCGUCGGUCCAUUCCAGACAGGCGGGGCGGAGUGGCGGCCGGGAACUGCGUGUCGCUGGUGUAUGUGUGUGUGUGUGUACUGGAGAGGACAGUGGGCUGUUGUGGGCGCAUUUCGGAGUGUUUAUUCGACGUUGUCGUGUCGGGAUGCUUCCUGGGCGGGUGGCGGUGGCCAGUCAGCCGGUGGGACUCAGUGGGGUCGCUGUGGGCAGUCGACUGCCGCUGCCCAGUGACGGUGAGCCAGCCUCGGGGUGCACCUAGGCCGGCCGAGGGUUGGCCGCUCGCGGCUCGCGCCGGGAGCUCUCGCCGCGUGUCGCCAGUCGCCGUUUGUUUACUGCUUGGGCACUCGUCCAGCUAUGUUAAUAUGGUCGAACCAAAUAUAUCUAUAUUAUUCAGCUAUACGGCGAAUGAUGGAUAUUUUGUCAGAUGACGCUUUUAUUUAAUACGAUAUAUGUCUGGUGCCGGCGGUGAUUGCCGUGAAUAUCAUGCGUGGUAGCGUCAGUGGUGCCGUGCGUGGCCUGGGUGCGACGUACCCUUUGCACACUACUGGGUCAAUAUUUUUAGAGUUGUUCCCACGUCGCUGCUAAGUGAAAAAUAUACACAAUGACAAGA